ACGGUGAGGAGUAACCUGAGCCGCGAUAGCAACGUGGUGAAAGAGAGCGUCCUCCACUUGACGGACCAGAUGAAGCGCUAUGAGAACUACUCGGAUAUCAUGCUAGGCCUGAAGAAGGAGCUUUCGAAUCUGGAGCAUCAGCUGCUGCAGAAAGAUGCCUCCGUCACAAGUCCAGAGCACCAGGUGCAGGACACAGCAAGGCACAAGGAGAGCGUUCAGAAAUACGCCGGUCCUCGGAAAAGUCUGGGGGACAAAGAGAUCCCCAAAAUUCCCAGGGAGAAGGCAGAAAAAACGAGGAAGGAAAGUGCCAAGGGCAGGACGGGUCUCCCACCACCCACUUCUAAGUCCAAUUCCUCCAGGGAACGGACUUCCAUCCGGGGCCACCUGUACUACAAAGCGGGGCACCAAGCAGGAGCAGAGGGGGUGGCAAGCAGCCACGAAAACCCUGGGAAAGAAGCUGGACUCAAACCACUGGACCAAGAGACCCUCCCCAGGUCGGAAGAAAGUCCUCCUACCUCUUCCCCUGACAACGCCACCUCCGUGGCCCCCACCACCAGCAUCGGCGCCACGCUCCAAAGUCGACGUGGCCCUCCUCUGCUCUCCAGGAGACGUGGCAACGUUCCCGAGGUCCCUCCCCCACCCAGCCACGCCCACGAGGCCUCGUGCGAGGGGACCCUAAAGUCGGUGGAGCCCCCCGAGAAGCAGCACAGCUACGGUCGUAACGAGGGCGCCUGGAUGAAGGACCCAGCAGCCACCGAUGACCGGAUCUACGUGGCCAACUACUAUUACGGGAACAGCCUACUGGAAUUCCGCAAUUUGGAGAAUUUCAAGCAAGGGCGUUGGAGUAACCUCUACAAGCUCCCCUACAACUGGAUCGGGACCGGCCACGUGGUGUAUCAAGGCUCCUUUUACUACAACCGAGCCUUCACCAGGAACCUCAUCAAAUACGACCUGCGCCAGCGUUUCGUGGCCGCCUGGUCCUUCCUGGAUGACGUGGUCUACGAGGACACCACGCCCUGGAAGUGGCGCGGACACUCCGACAUCGACUUGGCCGUGGACGAGAGCGGGCUGUGGGUGAUCUACCCGGCGAUGGAUUCUGGUUAUUCCCAGCAGGAGAUCAUCGUGGUGAGCAAGCUGGAUCCGGCCGACCUCUCCACGCGGAAGGAGGCCACGUGGAAGACCAGCCUCCGACGCCACGCUUAUGGGAACUGCUUCGUGGUCUGCGGCGUGCUUUACGCCGUAGACGAGUGCAACGCCAGGGAGAGCCACGUGUCCUACGCUUACGACACCCACACCGCCACCGAAGUCCAUCCCGAGCUGCCCUUCCGCAAUGAAUUUGCCUUCACCACCCAAAUUGACUACAACCCCAAGGAGAAAGUCCUUUACGGCUGGGAUAACGGCCACCAAGUGACCUACAAACUACAAUUUGUGGCUUGAGGAUGGGAAGCCCCGAAAUGCCAUGGGUGGGUCCCUGGAGGGGAUUGUUUGUGGGUGCAGGAUGGCCCCGCGAGAGAGAGACUCUGAUGGAACGCAUUUGACGGAAGGGAUGGGGGCCGACGUCUGGCAGGUGACGCAAUCUCUCAGGGACAUUUGGGGUGCCUCCAGCAGCUGGCAGAGUUGGGGGGGGGCGACAGCAAUUAGAAAGCUGCCAUUUGUCGCAGGCUUCCUUCUUGUGACGUUUCUCGCAAAGAGGGUACCCCCUUAAAAUAAUAUGCAUUUUAUCAGAGUGCGCUCAGUGGUACUAGUUGAGACAACCCAGGAGCAAUCGCAUCAAACAGAGAAUAAAUAGUGGUUUAUCUAUACAAAAGAAUAUACAUACACAUACUAGGCAAAGGCCAAACAAUCAGCAGCUACAGCAAGAAAGAUCACACGGAGAGAGAGAUACACCCUAACAGGUCCUCUCUUAUAAUACAGGCUCUUAAUGUGGUAACAGUCAACUAACCUUGCUGAUUCAUUACUACCAUUGCAUAAUCAUUACAGCAUUACAGAAGCUGGCCAGCUAUUAAAUCAUCAUUAGCCUGACACAUUUUUUGCAAUCUAAGCAAUUUUUCUGCAACGUUUACACAGUGAGGUUUAAGCCUUUGACUGAGUGGGAAGGUUCAGGCAUCGAGCUAAGUUCGAAGAGUCGUUUUCUUUUGACAGAGAGAGUUGUAACUAUCAUCGCAGGAGUCCUUGAGUUACGGCCAUCAU